AUGGAAUCAGAUCCUGUCAGCACUAACGAACCGUGCGACGUUCUUCUAAUGCAACCAAGUAUAACUAUGAAUGUAAACGACGACGAAAAUGAGACUAAUUCAGAUACUCUUUCACCAAUUCAGCAAAUCGACUGUUCUGUACAUGAACCACCAGAUAAGCUGAACAACGAUACACCAUUCCAUGAAGAACAGAUUCCAGAUUCCUCUAGUCAACAGGAAGACAAAGGUCUCUCUGGAGACAUAAAUAAGCCAGAUCAAACCCAUUCAUAUUUUCCUGAGGACGAUGAAUCAUCCACUUCACAGCAUAAAAACCUCAGACCUCGACGGUCUAUAAGAAAACGAUAUGUUGAGAUACAAGAGGAUGAAUGGGAAAGGCUCUUGAGUGAUGAUGUCUGUCUUCAUGAGUAUGAUCUUAGUCAAUAUAUAGAUAUGGAAGGAGCAUCAAUUAACACAUGGAUUGCAGUAGAACAAAUAUUGGGGAAUCGUAAAUUAAAAAGUUCAAAGAUUACGAAAGCGAUCAGUGGAGCUGUAAGGAGCUUUUCAUCCAACAACAAAGAAAUCGUUGAACAAGAAUAUUUUGUUAAAUUUAUUGAUCAGUCCUACUGGCAUUGUGCAUGGAUGAGUGGAGCAGUUCUUUUCACCCUUAACCCGAGUAAAAUACGUGCUUAUUUCAGGACUAAACAGAAUACCAACAAUCAGAAGCUGAACCCGAAUAGCUCCAAAUUAAGUCUAAAUCAUGAAUGUAGCCAAAUGGAGAAUGGAAAUCAUGAUAUUGCUUCAAACGCUGAGUCUAAACUAACAACAUUGGUUUCUCAUUCAAGUGAAGAAGAGAGUGACGAUGAAGAUAAUUUAAGAAAAUGGAGUAAGGAUGCUGAGCUGGACGUUAAUGAGUGGAUUGCUAAUUAUCCGAAACGUGCUGGUUCACGUCGUCGCUAUCUUCUACGAUGGGGUGUCGAAAGUCACACACUUAUUCCUGAACGUGUUUUAGCUGUUGGGGAAUCAUUCACUCCUGAAAGGUUUAAAAAGGUUGAGGGAAUAGACAGCAAAGAUAAAUCUAAUCGACCACCUAAUACAAUGAAUUGGCCAGAAUAUAGAGAAGUCCUCGUCAAAUGGUUGCAUUUGCCGUAUAUUCAUGCAACGUGGGAGACAGUUGAAUCAGAUAUGUUGAGUUUGAACUCUCAUGGAGUUGAUCAUAAAAGUCAAAAAAGUGCAUACAAAGUUCUUGAUCCUUGCGGACGCAAUUUAUUACCACGUCUAGUGAGGCGACAUAUCAUUAGGCUAGCUGAUACAUAUUGCUCUCGUGUUGCGACCAUAUUAUGUGAUGUAUACGGAAAUCAACUUACACCGGGAAGAAAAAAUAGAAGUGCCGGAAAUUGGAAAUCAAAAUGGAUCGAUGAACAACCUUCUUAUUUAUCCCCAGUUCACCAUAGAGUUCUUCAUCCUUAUCAAAUAGAAGGUGUAAGAUGGCUAUGGCAUGCAUAUCAUAACAAUAUCAACGCCAUUCUAGCAGAUGAAAUGGGCCUGGGCAAAACGGUUCAAGUGAUAGCUUUACUAUAUUCACUGUGGAAGGAAGAGAAUGACUAUGGACCAUUUAUCAUAAUGGCGCCUCUGUCAACGUUACAGAAUUGGGAUAGGGAAUUUUCGAUUUGGGCACCUGAUUUCUACAUCGUUGUUUACAGUGGUGACAAGCAAGUUCGUUCAUUGCUUCGAGAAUAUGAAUUUCGCUUACGAAAUGCUGGAGGAAUACCUGCGUUCCAUGUACUAAUCACCAGCCAUGAAUUAGCUUGUAUUGAUCGUUCAUUUUUGAAGAGUUUUGAUUGGAGUGUUUUGGUUGUGGAUGAAGCUCACCGUCUGAAAAAUAAACAGUCUCGUUUCUUCAAAGACACUAGUCAGUAUCAUACUAAAUUUAAAAUCCUCUUAACUGGAACGCCAUUACAAAACAAUUUAGAAGAAUUAUUUCAUCUAUUAAAUUUUGUUGAACCGAAAAAAUUCACUGAUUUUCGAGCACUAAGUGAAAAAUGGGCUGAAAUGCCAAAAUCUGAUCGUAUUAAACAUCUCCACGAUUUACUCAAGCAUCAUUUAUUAAGGCGAUUGAAGUGCGACGUAAUCCAUGAUUUACCAAAGAAAACUGAAAUUAUUGUUCCAGUUGAUAUGACUUUACUUCAGAGACGUCUUUAUAAAUAUAUCCUAACAAAUAAUUAUGAGGAAUUACGAUGUGGAAAUCUAAUGAAUAGUAUUAUGCAUUUGCAAAAAGUGUGUAAUCAUCCAUAUUUGAUGCAAGUUGGAGAUGCUAUUGCACCACGCUUAAACCCAAACGACGAAACAAGUGGGCCAUACGAACCCAGAGCUUUGGUACAAGUCAGCAGUAAAUUGGUUGUAUUAAUGGAAUUACUUCGUGGAUUGUUUGUUGAUGAUCAUCGAGUGUUGAUUUUUUCCCGCUUCACAAUGAUGUUGGAUUUAUUGGAAGAGGUUUUGACUAAUGCCAAGUAUAAAUAUGUUCGCAUUGAUGGUCGUGUGCGAGGUCCUUUAAGACAGGUUACUAUCGACCGUUUCAAUGCUCCCAACUCGGAAUUUUUCGUUUUCCUUUUAUCUACUAGAGCCGGUGGAGAAGGAAUCAAUCUUGCUUCAGCCGAUACAGUCGUGCUGUAUGAUUCCGAUUGGAAUCCUCAAUGUGAUUUACAAGCGCUUUCUCGGGCUCAUCGAAUUGGUCAGUCUAGGCAUGUUGUUAUCUAUCGGUUCAUAACACGUCACAGUAUUGAAGAGAAAAUAUCUCAGGUGGCUAGGCGUAAACUUGCCCUUACUCAGUUAAUUGUCAAUCAAAAUCAGAAACAUCCAAAGGCAUUGGAAACUUCUUCGAUUCUCGCACCAAAUCAACAUGACUCGACUCAAUACAAUACCGCACCAAAAACAGACUCAAAUGUUGAUAACUCUAGAGUUAACCAAGAUUGCGUCUCCAGAUCCGAUCAAGAUACUAGUCUUACAGAAUCAACGCAAACACAAUCAAAUACUAAAUCAGUAAGCCGGCUAACACGUUCAGAAAUGGACGAACUAUUGCGUUCAGGUGUCGAAGCUCUGUUUGCUUCAGAUGAUCCUUACACUACAAAGGAUUUGUACGAUGCGGCUCGAGUAGAUGAGGUGGAGUCGACAGAUACUCAUCAAAGAAUUGUAUAUGAUUCACAGGCUAUUUCCAAACUCCUGGAUCGUUCAAAAAUGAUGGCUGAUUCCGAAGAGACUGUUCCAGCUUUUGAUGAAUAUCUAAGUGGGUUUCGAGUAGCGCAUUUUGACGAGACGAACGCUGAGCCUGUGGAUGUUUUUGUAACAAAAGAUAGUGAAGAGCAGGUUAACAGAAUGGAGAUCUCUGAAGAAAAUCCUGAAUCAGUCAAUCCAACCAUGGUUACUGAUAGAACAUAUGCUGAAUCUAUCGGGUUUGCUGAUUUUUGGGACAGACUGCUACAUGAACGCUAUGAGCGUCUCUUGAACACUGAAGUCGAAGCGACAAGCAAAUCCAGAAGAAACCAUCGAACCAUGCAUAACCCAAGUGUUGGAGAUAUAGUAGGUGAUAAGUCUACUGAUUCUAAUAAUGAUGUUAUCAUCAGCAAAGAAUUACAACUAGAAAAGGAUGAUGAAAAUUCGACUGAUUCAUAUAUUAGUGAUAAAGAAAAACUGUUUGAUAGAACUAAAGCUGUACGUGAAGUGUUGAAUUUACGCUUGUCCCGGCAAGAAAAACGUAAGGUUUUCAAUCUUUAUCACGGAUUUGAGGAUGAAAAACUGGAAAUUUUAGUUGCUGAACUGCAAAACAAAUAUGGAAACAUGGGUCAUCAAAAACCAAAAGCUAGACCCUGUUCAUCUAAACCAAUGCCUGCCUCUGUCAAACGAGCUCGGUCAUCAAGAGUAACUUCUAAAAGACCAUAUCAUCGAAAUACUUUUGAGAAGUCUAAUACUUACCACGGUACAGAUUUCGAAGAUUCUUUAGAGGAAUACUCCAUGCCAGACAUUACUAGUGACGACGAUCCCCUUUAUCUGCCGUCUGAAGAAACUGAUUCAAUCGAACCAGUUAAAGUAAAAGAUUCACUAGCAUCAAGUCGUACUCGAAGGUCUAGCACUCAUACGUCUUUGCCAACUUCAGAAGCUGUUGUUGACAGCAGUGACAGUGAAGAAUUUCUUCUCUGGGAAUCAUCCGCUAAUGCAGUCAAUCCAGUUUGUUGGUAUCCCACAGCUGAUACUUAUGCCAAAUGGAGAGCACGAGUUUCCGAUCUUGGUCAGCAUAUCACAUGGCAUCGGGAUGAGUUAUUUAUUUAUGACUUUGGCCCUAAUGAUCGUCAAUUAUUCAACAAUGCAGUUAUGAGGUUCGGUCUUCCACCACCUGGUAUUGUCCCACCUCAAGACUGGCUUCCGCCAGCCUUAUAUUAUAAAUCUCAAUUUCAAUUGUUUGGUUACGUAUGUCUAUACAUGAAACAUUUAUACGAUGACCCGAAUGGAUUGGAUGAAUCUGAAGAAAGUUGGUCCGAUGGUUUACCUAAAGAACAUUUAUGUGUUCCUGCGGUGCUUUCACGUAUUGCAGUUAUGGCCCUGAUUAGAAAUAAAGUAUUACAAUAUGAAGAUAUCAAUGGACCGACAAGUAUUUCUAAUGAUCUUCAAAGUCCAACUUUCAAAUUCGCUAUACACGAAGGUGGUUUAACGUUAUUACGUUCUGUGUGGAAUGAAGAAUGUGCAAAGAUCAAUAAUAUUUGUCAAACAAUUCAAUCUCAUUCAGAAAUAGCGAGAAAUUCAGAGUUAAUAAUAAAAACUCAGAGAAUAUGGCAUUCACGUCAUGAUUACUGGCUACUUGCUGGCAUACUUGUUCAUGGCUAUUCUCGAUGGGCUGAUAUAUUAGCUGAUCCACGUUUUCGUAUUCUUAAUUUUGGAUUGUCAGGAGUUCUAAAGGGUAUGCAUAAGCUUAUGAAUGCUGAUUUAAGUUCACAUGGUACAUCAUUCGCUUCUCGUCAAACUCCUUCUGAAUCAACUGAAGCUCAAGCAUUCCUAUUAGAUCGCUUGAAAUUGCUUGAACAAGCUUUAAUUGUCGAACAAACGUUGUACGAAGUCGCUGAAGCUGCUCUUAGUAGUACCACACACCAAAAUCAGCUGGACCCAGUUCGUACUAGAAAUUUGGCUGUUUGCCUGUCUAAUAAAUUAAUCCAAACAGGAGCUCGUAAACGAAUUGCUUUACCUAAGGAUCCAAGGGCAAGAGAAGCUACACGUACAGUAGUACAAAAUCUACAAGAAUUAUUAGAAGAUAUGUACGCAGAUCUUCCUGGUAUGCCUGCUUCAGUAACAUUCACUGGAGACGAUGAUUCCAAUGCAAAAGAAAAAUUAAAAAUAAUAUCAAAUGGAAAUACAAAUAAUAUUGGUAUUACUAACAGUGGUCGUUCAUGUCAUUUACCAAAAACUGUUGGGGAAAAAACAGAAGUAAAUUUAUGCGACGAUGAUGAUAUUGAUAACACCGGUGAUAGUCGGCAUGAAGACGAUAAUAGUCAAACACCUGCAGAUAAAAUAAUUUGUCCUGAUAUGGAAGAACUUCAUCCAGAUAGUUUUAUACCUCCACUAGGAUCACUAAAACUCAGUAGCUCACCACAAUGUGAACAGGGGAUUUUCAUCGAAUUGUCUGAUGACGAGGAAGUUUCGAGUUCUAUACCUGAUACCGACGGUGCUACUGAUCAACAAACAAACUGCAGUUACGACAAGACUAACAUACAAUCUAACAUUGGUGCUAAUAAUGAUGAUGAUACUAGUGAACACUGUGCAUUACCUAAUCUACCGAACUCAAGGGAUGAUGAACUAAUUUAUCCAAUUGAAUAAUUCACUACAUAUUCCAUUUUCAUUUAAAUGAUUCUGUACAAAAUCCCCUUUCCAUAGCCUGUAUUGUAUUACAAG